UUUCGAUUCACAGAUUAACAAACUCCCCAAUUCUCGACCUCGACCUAGGAAAAGGAAUAAAACAAGUAAGUACCGGGGAAAACUAGGUGAGGAGAAACAUGUCUGUCAAACGGCAGAAGGUGUCGCACGAGUUCGGCAGUCUCCAGGACUCCGACUCUGGCCCAAGUCAAAUCACCAAAGACCAAUCUCCACCAACCUCGGAAUCAGCCACCGUCGAUGGGACCCCGAGGCAAGAGCCUGUUGAGGCUGCGCCGGAAAAGACAUUCAAAGACCUGGGUAUCGUCGACGCCCUCUGCGACGCCUGCUCCAACCUGGGUUACAAGCACCCGACCCCGAUCCAGAGGGAAUCCCUGCCGGUCGCGCUCCAGGGCCGCGACAUAAUCGGGCUCGCCGAGACGGGCUCUGGCAAGACCGCCGCCUUCGCCCUGCCCAUCCUGCAAGCACUGCUCGAAAAGCCGCAGCCGCUCUUCGGCCUCGUCCUCGCCCCGACCCGCGAGCUUGCCGCUCAGAUCGCCCAGUCAUUCGAGGCCCUCGGGGCGUCCAUCUCGCUCCGCUGCGCCCUGAUCGUGGGCGGCCUCGACAUGGUCCCGCAGGCGAUCGCCCUGGGCAAGAAGCCGCACGUCGUUGUUGCCACUCCUGGUCGUCUGCUCGAUCACCUGGAAAAGACAAAGGGGUUCUCGCUGCAGAGGCUGAAGUACCUGGUUCUGGACGAGGCCGACAGGAUGUUGGACCUCGACUUCUCGGCGAUUCUGGACAAGAUUCUCAAGUUCAUCCCCAGGGAGCGGAGGACAUACCUAUUCAGCGCCACCAUGUCCAGCAAGGUAGAAAGCCUGCAACGGGCGAGUCUGAAGGACCCGGUGCGAGUCAGCGUCAGCUCGAACAAGUACCAGACCGUCGCCACCCUGCAGCAGAACUACCUGUUCGUCCCCCACAUGCACAAGGACAGCUAUCUCAUCUACCUCGUCAACGAGUUCGUCGGCAAGUCAACCAUCAUCUUCACAAGGCAAGUCCACGAGACGCAACGGCUCUCCAUCCUCCUGCGCUCGCUCGGCUUCGGCGCCAUCCCCCUGCACGGCCAGCUCUCGCAGUCGUCGCGCCUGGGCGCCCUGAACAAGUUCCGCGCCGGCACGCGCGACAUCCUGGUGGCGACCGACGUGGCGGCGCGCGGCCUCGACAUCCCCAAGGUCGACAUCGUAAUCAACCACGACCUGCCGCAGGACAGCAAGACGUACGUACACCGCGUGGGGCGGACGGCGCGCGCGGGCAAGUCGGGCCGCGCCCUCAGCCUCGUGACGCAGUACGACCUCGAGAUCUGGCUGCGCAUCGAGGCCGCCCUGGGGAAGAAGCUGGACGAGUACCCCGUCGAGAAGGACGAGGUCAUGGUCUUCAAGCCGCGCGUCGAGGAGGCGCAGCGCCACGCCCGCACCGAGAUGAAGGCCCUGGUGGACGACCGGGGCAACAGGGGGGCCAUUUUGAAGGGCCGCAGGAUGGGCAAGGGCGAUGGGAAGAGGGAUGGUGGGAAGAGGAGGCGCGAUGAUAUGGAUGCCGAGGAGGGAUGAUGACGUUGAUUUGUUUGUCUACCUAGGUACCUGCUAUAGGUGAGGAAUGUGGAUGUGAUUAAAAAAAGAAAAAGCCAAAAAAAAAGGAAGCGCAUGUGGAAGGACAAACUGAUGGCUUAUGCUACCCCCCUUAACUACCAACGCUAAAGCGCGAUGCAAAUGUGUAGAAUGCAAAUCAAAAGCUCCAUGCACGCAAACAA